AAGAAAAUUGAAGAUUUCAGGAAAGAUAAAUCUGCAAUACAAAUCUCAAGCAUAAACACAGAAUACUUUACAAAAAUCGUCGAGUAUACCAGUCUUGAUUAUGAAACAACAACCUUCGAAGCAGAAGGCCUUGACUUAAACUUGAAAGAGAGGAUUGGUCCUUUUCGAUGGUCAGCAGAAGCAGAAAGAUCACAAAGCAACAGAUAUAACCCUUAUAUUACCAAUAAGAUACUCAAACUUGGUGCUGACGUCCUACCGAUAAGACUCUCUGGUACUACGGAUCUAGUCAUAGUAGACCGGCAUUCUAUUGCUAUGCAAACCCCAGAGAAGCAUGUCCGCAUUCUUUUUGGGCUGAAAAAACUUAUCAUAAAAGCAAACACAUUGCAAACUAUGACAGAACUCAUAGCAGUGGAUUUAAAGUCAAAAUAUACUGUUUUAGCAGUGUUAACUGAUUUGAUGGAUGACUGGCAUCUUUAUUGGCUUCGGGAUAAAAAGAUCAUUGGGCUCAAGCUUGAAAAGGUUAAUGCUGUAGCACUUUUACGAAAAAAUGUCGAGUCAGCAGAGCGAGAAUUAGAGCAGCUAGGGAAGCAAGCAUCAUCUCAAGUGCAUGGUCGUCAAGAAUCAGAUCUAUCAAUUAUGAGCAUCGGAACAGUUUUAGAACCAGGCUCGCCUACUUCUGAGGUGGAACCAGUACCAAAAAGGCAAAAGUUUAGGCAUAUUGUUGGAUCCUCUAACGUAAGUAUUGAUGUAGCCCCCAUGGAAGACUUUUUUGAUACUAUGUCUGAAGAUGAAAUAUUUAAAUAUAAAGCCAAAUGUAUCCUAACUAGAUUUUUUAGCCAACCAAUCUUUUAUGAAUUGAAUAAUCAUCAAAGCAUAUCACCUUUGUUACCUUUGCAAGCUGACACCAAAAAAAGAGCAGACGCGUAA